UCUGACGUAAAAAAAUUUCCCUUCAUGUUGUGGGUCGGCCAUUCUUGCGGAUACAACAUCAUUUUUCUGUGAAGUGCUAAUUUUUUUAUAAAUUUCUCACAUUUAACUCACAUCGAUUGUUUUAAUUCAAUUAAAAAUCGAACGCUCUAAUGCGAUAUUAACAAGUUAAUAUACAUUUAUUAAUUAAAACUGCCGCCGAAUUGCUAAAAAAAGUGAAAAUCUUGCAGAGCCUUACCCCGCGACCAACCAAAAAACUCGGGCUUACGUGAAAUUUUUUUUCAUUAAUGGCGUCUGCCUCUGCCCAUCAACUACAUUCAUUGCGACAAUAAAGAAAAAAAAAAGAAUUUUUUUUUUCUUUCGUGUGUAUUUUUUAAAUGCUCGCCCAACAGAGAAGGGAAAAUCCGAAAAGAAAAAAUCUUUCGAUAUUUUUUCACCUACUCCAAAACAUAUACCUGCUUAAUUGCUAGUUGAAAGAUUGGCGCUGCAAUCGUUUUGAAGGGAAAAGUGAACACACCAACAACAAACAAUACAAAUACAAUUACACAGAAAAAAAAAGUAAUUAAACAAAAAAUCAAAACAUAAAACGAACCCUUCGCCGCGUGUCUGUCCAGUGCCAGUGUUUUUGUGUCUGGUGCUCAUCCAAAAACCAGAAGCAGCUAAGACACGAAAAAGAUAAAAACAAUAUAGACAAAGAUUCCCAAAAUCCCAAUUUUAAGACAGACACAAAGUAAAAAUAUAUAAAAUAAUUGCAAUCUUCUUUAUCAAUCAUUAUUUGUUAAUUUGUUUUGAUUGCAAUUUUUCGUGACAACUUAUUGUUUUUUGAGUUUAGACAAAAGUGAACAUUGAACCUCUUCCGUUCGUCGCACUUGUUUUUUGUUGUUCGUUUUGUUUCGAUUUUUUUUGUCUUUGAAUGAACUCAAUUUUGGUUUUGUUUUUCCGUUUUCCGAUUUUUCGAUUUUUCACAAAUCGCGGCGGCGACUAUUGUUGUAUAAUCAACAUCACAACACGACAAUAGUGCUUAAGCGCGGUGACAACUGGCUAAAUGGCUGCCAUAAUAAGCGCAUCAUCGGGAAGUGGCAAUAACACCAGCAGCAGCAGUGGAAUCCCACCGCCACCAUCAUCGUCGAGUAGUGGCAACAGCAGCAGCACGAGCAAUGAGGUUAAAGAAAAAGACAGCAUUUGGUAUUUCACAUCAGAGCAACUGGCUAAUUCGCCUAGUCGUCGACAUGGCAUUAGUCCUGACCAGGAGCUCUCUUAUCGCCAGAUGACUGCUUAUCUAAUUCAAGAAAUGGGUCAACGGUUACAAGUAUCACAAUUAUGUAUUAAUACAGCAAUUGUAUAUAUGCAUAGAUUCUAUGCAUUUCAUUCAUUUACGCACUUUUCACGUAAUGGCAUUGCAUCGGCGAGUUUAUUUUUAGCUGCCAAAGUUGAAGAACAACCUCGAAAGCUGGAACAUGUGAUUAAAGCUUCACAGAAAUGCCAAACCCAGCCAACAACAGCACCACCCGAUGCUAAUUAUAAUGAACAGGCACAAGAUUUGGUAUUUAAUGAGAAUGUACUAUUGCAGACUUUGGGAUUUGAUGUGGCUAUAGAUCAUCCGCAUACGCAUGUUGUGAAAACAUGUCAUCUAGUUAAAGGUAAAUCCUGUAAAGACUUGGCUCAAACAUCCUACUUCCUAGCGUCGAAUAGUUUACAUUUAACAUCGAUGUGCUUGCAGUAUAGGCCAACAGUAGUUGCCUGUUUUUGCAUUUACUUAGCCUGUAAAUGGUCCAGAUGGGAGAUACCUCAAUCGACAGAAGGUAAACAUUGGUUUCAUUAUGUCGACAAAUCGGUAACCAUGGACCUAUUGAAGCAAUUAACCGAUGAGUUUAUUGCAAUUUAUGAAAAGAGUCCAGCCCGACUCAAGUCUAAAUUGAAUUCAAUCAAAGCACUGGCACAAGGUGCCAGCAAUAGGGCUGUCAGCAAGGAUAAAAAAUCUCAAGGCGAGGAUUGGAAAAUGGGUGAUAUGUUGAAGCUAUAUCACUCAUCUAUUCCAACUGACACAUCGUCCAAUGGUGGCGGUAUGACUAUGGAUCAGCAAGUGCAACAGUAUCAACAGUUGCAACAGCAAGAACAACUUCAGCAACAGCAGCAGCAACAACAACAGCAGCAGUUGCCACCUCCAACGUCUACGUCGUCACAGCAGUCUAGACGAUCAGAAUCGCAUUCUAGUCACCAUCGACCACAUCAUUCCUCCUCGUCGCAUCAUCAUUCCAAGCAAAUCUUGCCACCUAGCGAAAUAGGAGAACACAAACCGGUUAUUCAUAAACAACCGUAUCCUGCAGUUAGUCGACAACGAGAUCCCUCCCAACCAUAUCCGGCAGUGGCUGGCCACAGUAGUAGUAAACAAAUGCAGCCACCUGUACAGCCUCCACCACCAAGCUCAUCACGUUCAUCAAGUUCACAGAGCCGACCUCCAAUAGCAGCGGUCUCGCAAAUACCCCAACGACCACCGCCUCAAGCCCACGACCCCAAUUACCACAAAUCGUCGUCAAGCCGAUCCAGUAUACCGGCUCCACCUCAACUCAAUCCAUCUGCUGCCGUUCCCAAUCAUAAAAUGAUGUCGAAAUCUGAAUCGAGCAGCAGCAGCAGCAGUAGAAUGCUACACAAGGAUCCCAACAGCAGAUUGGUCGAUCCAAAUAAAAUCAGUUCGAGCAAAGCGUAUCCUCCGACGUCUGCACAAAACGUGGGAGUAGAUAUGACUCGAAGCAUGCUGCAACAGAAUGUUAUGCAACAACAACAACAACAGCAGCUCAGGCCUUACAAUACCCAAGCUCCAAACAACACACAAGCACCUCAGUCGUCUUCAAUUCAUCCCUCAGCAUACCCGAGUAGAACUUCUAGCAUAAGCAAUAGCAAAUAUGAUCAACAAUUAUCCGUCCAAAUGCAACAGCAACAACAAAUAAUCCACCAGCAACAACAACAACAACAGCAACAACCAAUAAUCGAGUCUUCCUAUAAUCCACAAAAAAUCAUUCAGUCCUCCUCGAUGCAGCAGCAGCAUUCGCUGCAAUAUCCGAGGCAACAAGUGGAGGAUCCGUACAGCAAACAGCCACCACAGCAACCUCCACAAAUGCAACAACAACAACAAGGCGAUCAAAUGGAGCUCUGCUCGCCACCUAAAUAUUCUCAAUACACAUCGCAGGGCUUUAUUCCAACAGCUCAACAACAACCGCCGCCACAUCAACAACAACAGCAGCAACAGGCGUCAAAGCAAUCAUCAAUCUUUAGCCCUGAAUACAUGGAAAAGGUACCUCCAAGUGCGACGAAUAACGGUGGCAGUAAAAUGGGAACGCAUAAAUCAUCAAGUCGCGAUAGCCCUAAAAAAUCCGAACGAAGCACACCAAAAAAAGACAAGAACCGACCAUCUUCGUCCUCGAUGAUGGAUGUGAACGCCGUCAUGUCAUCAUCAUCAUCAUCGCGACAACAUAAUCAACCACCACCGGGAUAUGGCAAACAGCCUAAACAAGAACAAAUCCCUGUGAUACCACCGCCAUACGGAGCAACUGGCUACGGAAAUGUCAAACGCCCAUCCAGCAGUAUGGAUAUAAAACAAGAAGAAGACCUAAUGCUUCGUGACUCGAAGAUUCGUAAAAUAGAACUGAACCCUGUCUCCCCGCCGCCGUCAUCACUCAAAACAUCAUCCUCGUCAGCGUUCCCUGGUGGGACAGUAAAUGGAAUCGAAACGAAUCCUGACUUGGUGAGUAGCCUCCUCAAAGAGAGUCUAUGCUCGACGAGUGGCGGCUUCAUCAAGACUGACACGCUCAUUAAAUCCGAAUAUCAGGAUCCAAUGCAACUCUUCGAUCCGACUAUGACAACGUUGCCUGAGCAAAUUCUACAGAGUAAUCCACCUGCGGCCAUUAAAGAAGAACAAGUCAUCUCUGAGGUUAUCAAAAUGGAAGACCAAAGUGGUGACCCAACGAAGUUGGAGAAAAAGAAGAAGAAGGACAAACACAAGCACAAGGAGAAAGACAAGUCCAAGGAUAAGGAAGAACGCAAAAAACAUAAAAAGGACAAAGAUCGACACAAAGACCGGGAACGGGGCAAUGACGCUUCGGAAUCCUCGGAACCGGUUAAAAUCAAGAUCAAUUUAUCGAAUGCAUCGAAUGAAUCUAGUGUCACUGGUGUACCACCACAGCUAGGAUUCAAAAUAAAAAUUCCUAAAGACAGGAUAACUGGUGAUAUUAGUGCCCCAAUGGGUGGCGGCGGAGGAGGUGGAGCAGGAGGUAUGGGCGGAGGAGGGAACUAUGAUGGAUCAGCCGGUGCUUCAGCACCACCACUCAAGAUCAAAAUUUCCAAAGACAAACUGGACAGUAGCUAUAGCAGCGUGGGAAACAUGGAUCAGCAGAAGGUAAUGGGAGGUGGUAGCAUUCAGAGCAUGAGUGGCUAUCAUCAUCAGCAUCAUGGAAGCAGUGGUAGCAAUAGCACCAGUGGUAGUAGUAGCAGUAAAAAGAAGGAUCGAGAUCGUGAUCGUGACCGCGAGAAGGAAAAGAAACGCAGCAGUCAUGAUCACAGUAAAAUGAAUGGCACUAGCAGUAAUGGUGGCAAUUCAAUGGCUUCGGCCUAUUCUGCAGCAGCAUUGGCUGCUUCAUCGGCUAGCAAUUCGACGAAUUCGUCAUCAAAGGGACAAAUAUCAAAUAAGAUUCCACAUCAUCAUCAUUACAACAGCAGUAAUAUGAGUCAUUUGUUUGGAGAAUCAAAUGAUGAUGAUGACGACGAUGAUGAUGAUGACACUGAUAACGAUGACAUCGGUACUUCGCCAAAACUUCCACCAGCAUCAUCAUCCUCCUCUUCGUCUUCCUCGCAUCAUAAAUCAAAAACUUCUUCGUCGUCGCAUGGAUCCUCUCGAUAUUCUUCUUCCGUCGCCGACAAUAGGUACAAUAGUAGUGGUAGUAGUAUGCAUCAACAGAAAUUCUCUUCUUCCUCCCAACAACAACAUCGACGUCAGUCUUCUUCUUCGUCGUCAUAUCAAAAAAAUAGUAAUAAUUGGUAGUAGUUGUGAGUUGUCCUCCUCUCCUACUUACUAGGCAGAGAUAUAUAUUUCAGCUCUUCUGUUAUAAACAAAAAAAAAAAAUAUACAAAAAAGUUGGAAAAGCGCCUAAAAACCCGCUACAGAGGCUGAAAUUUUAUGUGUGGUUUCCACUGCAUGCAAAUUAUAUAUAUUUUUUUAAUUUAAUUGUUUGCAAUUUUUAUAAUAGCUUGCAUUUAUGUAUCUUGAAAGUGUUCUUAU